AGUGAGUAGGAUACUAUAUAUGAGCAGAAUGGAGGAAGGAUGUCAAUCAAUGGAUGUCAAUAAAACUUUCUUUAAUCACUCUAGAUCCACUCCAGGGACUUUGCUUCACAUCCAUACACAUGCAGCUAAUGAUCCAACACAUGAGUUCCUUUCACUCCAUCAUGUCCACAAUCAUUUAACAUUUCAGUCUAUGAUGCAGAAACUCAGAAAACUUGAAGUUUAAGUUAAAUCUUCUGGAAAUAAUGAUUUUUAUUCACUUUUAUUCAUUUUAAUAGCUGCAGAAUUCAAGGUAAAAUAGAUAUUUCCAAAUGUAUUUUAUUUUGCAUCCUCUUAGUACUGUGUCUUCUUAUUCAUAUUCACAGUUAUUUGAGCUUAACAUUUGGGCCUGCACAACCUCUUUCCACUGCUAAAGAUCAACCUCAUUAGCAUACGAACAGUUUCAUAAUGCAUGGAAGUACAGACAAAUAUAUUAGGACUACAAUUCAUCAUCUGUGCCCAAUUUAUGUUGUAGAACAAAAUGUGAAAGUCCCUCAGAGAAAUGUAAUCUAGACAGCCUGAAGCAGUAGUAGACAGGCUCGGUGUAGACAGGGUGCAAGAAUUUUAGCAGCUCAGACUAUAAUAAUAGAUCUGCUAAGAAAAAAAAAAAAUGUAAAAAAAAAAAAAAAGACACUGGUAAAGCACUUGUGAAAAUUCAAUACAGACUUUUCUUAGAGUGAAGAAUUUCUGUUAAGUGCUUAUAUCAUUAUUUUAAUUGAAGAAUUAGAAUUUUCUAUUGGUUAAUUACUUCCUUGACAGUCUCUGUUGUAACAAACACCAAUCCACAGCAGAUUGUAAUUUGAAUAUGACCAUACAGUGUGAAUUUUGCAUAUGUCUGCUGUGUGCCUUUCAUGUAUAUGUUUACACGUUUCGAAGAUAAUCAUUGCUGGAUUAGCCUCUGGUUUGACGUCAAUGUAGGUUUUAGCAUGUGGUCUAAAUACACUGGUAAGGAUGUAAAUUGUGGUGCUUCAGGAUUGUUUAUAGUGUGGCUGUGAUGCACCUAAUGAAACUGUUUCCAAAGGAACUUCUUUUCAAAACACUCCCCCUCAUAGUGCUGAAGUUGACUUCUGUCAAAGCUCUGUUCUUAUUCUUAUUCUUUAAUGUACAAGCUAUUGCUAUAGUAAAACAGAAAAGAGACUCAUAUUAAAAAUGAGUAAAUGAAGUGUUCAAAGCAGAUAUUCUCAUUUAACUUUGUGUUGCAGCUUUGAAUACAAUGCUACAUUGUCUUUAAACAUUAUAAAUAGAACAGGAAUAGAACAGAAUAGAAAUAAUAGGAAAUAUAUGAAUGAUUUUGCCUGCUUUUCUGAAUGGAAUUAUUAACCUUCAUGGGCAUGUUUCCUCAUUUUGAAUGAGCAUGCAAAACAUGCAUUUCCAUGGAUGCUUAUUUAACAAACAAAUACUUAUAAAGAAAACAAGACACUAAUUUGCAAGUGUGUUCCCUAACAAUAAAUCUUUUUAAAACCUUGACUUUUAUUAAACUAAAUUUAUGUUGAAAUUCUGAUGAAAACAUAUACUAAUUAAUAGUGGUACAUUUAAUAUUUUGCUUUUAAUAAUCAUUAUGUCUGUCUUUUCAUAACAUUACACAACUGUCCAGAUUAAUGUUUUUCACAACAGCCAAAUGAUGAGGCUCAGAGUGAUUUCACCUCAUGCUGAAUAAACAUGGUCAGUGUGUGUUACCAGAUAUUACCAUAGUUAUAUGUGGGUUAGAUGAGCUAUGGGGUAGUGGUCAGAAUAACAGGGAAACAUAACCACAUCACCAGGGGUUUCAAACAACAAAUGAAAGAAAAUAUACAAUGUAUUUUAUAUUAGUGUUAACAUAUGAAAAUAUACUAUUUCACCUUGAACUGAGUGCAUAUAUAAUCAGUGUUUAACUUCUCCAGUGUGCAGAAAUUGGCACUUUUUUAGUAUAUUUUCAAAAAACAAAAAGUUCAUUUGAAUUUGUACCACACAAUUUGAAAGCUUGAAUUACAAUUACACUAAUAUGUGCUGGUAUUCGACAUUCAGAAACAGCAGAACUUCUUUCUAAAAGUCUUAUUUCUGGAAGUACUGCAGGUUUAAACAUGAAAAUGAUUUAUCUAAAUCAGCCACAAAUGACAAUCUAACCAAACAUAGUUGGACAAGGCAGGCAUGAAGCUCUGAGCUACAUUUGCUAGCCAAAUCUCAAUGGAAAGUCUGAAGCUAUGACUAUUGUGUGCUAACUUAUCCAGGUGGCCUAUGGACUUGGAGAAUGUAAAAUGCAAAUGUGAAAGAGAGCUUUGUAAAUUUGCUUUCGCCACCCCCACUGCAUUCGUCAACUUUCCCAAAUUCUCAUUCAACACCCCCUUUCACUCAAGAAACUGGUUCUUCACAGUGAACAUGUUGUUAUGACAGAUAGCAUUGCUUAAAACUUGCUGAUCCUCUCUUUUAAAAUGCAGAUUGUAAGGUCAGUAUUUAUUUAUUUUUUUUGUUCAUAUGUCCAUAUAUUCUUUUGUUUAUUAUUAAAGUACAGCAGUUAAAUAAGAUAUUAAGGGUAUGCUGUUAAAAAAAAAGUCUCAUAUUACAAUAUAUAUACUCUCAUCUUGCAAUAUAUAUAAUUUCAGUGUUCAUAGAAUAGUCUGUUUACCAAAUCAUUUUAAUCGUCACACUGUAAAAAAGAAUUGUUGGUUUAACUUAAAAAAGUUAAGUUACCUGGUUGCCUUAAAAUUUUGAAGUCAUUGAAAUUAAAAAUUUUAGUUAAUACAAUGAAGGUGAUUGGUUUAAUCAACAGAAAUUCAAUAUAUUAUGUUAUCUGAACCACAUUAAUUUGACAAAAGAAAAAAUGUUGUGAUUAUACAGUGCAUUGUGUUCUUUUUUAAUCUUCAAACAAAUAUAUAAUUUUUAUUGGCACUAUAGAUCUUUUUUCAGUUUCAGUGACAAUAAUUGAAAGAAAAUGUCGCUUGUGAAUGUAUUUAGCCGGUGUUUUGAACGGCAGUAGCUUUUGGUGAAGUUGUUUAUUUGUGGUUUGGUGCAGUUAGAGAUAAUGUGACCCCAGGGGACAGUUUAUAGUACUAUACUAUAUAGUUAGAAUUUGAAUAAUAAAUAUUUGUCCAAACAAUUUCACUAAGGUUCAGAGAAAGGUUUCACUUUUAAGUUUCUUUUAAAGGUAGGCAUACAUUUUGACUGUCUUUUAAAAAAUUCAAUGCAAUCUCCCUAAUAGGAUCAAGACACUGUCUGGUGCAGGAAUGCUCCUUUUUGCUGCACUAUUCAUUUUUAGCCAGGUAAAUUCAUAAAGGCAAUAUACAAGAUAACAUAUUUCAUCCUAAGAAAAACAAAUAGUAAUCACCCGACUGCCACAUAUUGUAUAACCACCCUCAAAAUGAAUAUUUCCACUGAUCUGACUGAUGAUCAUGGCAUUGAAUUAAUUUUUAAACACCAUAGUCAUCAUCUACAAGCUGCCAAUUCAUUUAAAUAUAUCGUCUAUUCUGUACAAUAUUUUUUAACACAUAAGAAUCCCAUUCUUGUCAUUACACAUCAUGAUCAUUUGUUUACUAAAAAAGCAGAAGCAGAACAAAAGUACUGACUAUCUUCUUUUGUUACCCAACAGACUUCACAAGUGGGUAAGUUUAUAUUUCACCAGAGAGUCCUUUCCAUACACACACACACAAAAAAUAAAAUCCAGAAACUAUAUACAGAGUUACAUCACACAUAAAUAAUGCAUGCAGCAAAUUUAUAAUUUUACAUUUUAUGUUUUCAGGAUCCACAGAUGUGACACAUUGGGCAGAGGUCAUGAUUGAGGGGAAUAAAACCUUAAAUGUUGCAGUCCAUCUGCCUGGACUUAUAGGAACCGUUCUAGAUACAGCAGGGGUAACUAUCACAAAUGCUGAAAUUGCAGCAGAGUGUGAGAUAAUUGGCCAAAAUACAACAUGCUGGUGUGGACCAGAAUAUGUUUGGAGCAAUCUUGUGUGUGACUCUGUAAAUAAAUGCUGCAACGUGGAUAAAUGUGUGGCAAAUAUAUCAUACUUCACGCCUCUGUGUCUGCCCAAGGUGAACGUUUCACUCAUUGGCAUGCUCACUGGUAGCUCCGCAACAGUCGAUGCCAUGCUGCUGAAAGCUUUUAAUGUGCUAAAUGCAUUCAACUCAUUGACUAUGCGAGGCACCCUUUUUACAGGGUCAUUUACAUACGCUCACAAUUUCACAGUGUCACUCAGUGCUGUGUUUUCCACCCCCAAAGUUCAAAGCAUAAUUUCUACGUUGUUGACGGAUCCAACCAUUUACAGUCUCAAUGUUAAGUCUCUAGGAAUGGUAUACAUAGAGGCACCUACAGGUAAGGUGUGUUAUAAUUCAAGACAACAGCUGAAUUGUACCAGUAUAGAGGCUAUGAGCAAGUGCGUGUGGCAGAUGUCCAGAGACGAAGACGUGCCGUUGAUUCUGGGACCAGGGAGUGAAGUAAUGCUGUCAGAUACUUGUACAGAAUUAUCAACAGUCACACUUCUGAAGACAAAUGGAUACUGGUCAGGAACAUACAGCUGCCUUUUUGUCACUGGGAACAUAGCUCACAUGGCCAUGGCACCUAUUCAAAUUGCACUGCUGCCAGAAGUCAUUAAUGUGACAAGCAAUCCACAAACCACAGAUUGCUCUGAAGCAUCAUCCGCCAAAGUUACCAUCUCAUGUUCCAUCGAGAACAGUACUGAAACCUACACAGCCCGGCUAAAACUAGGAAGUAUGGAAAAUACUGUACCAAUUAAAGAAGAACGCAGUGGUAUAAUCAAGUAUACAGCAGACUUCAAUGUUGAUUGUUAUGCAGAAGGCAAACCAAGUUCACUUGAGGCCAGUUGCACUUUAGAGAACACUUUGAAUCAGCUGCGAAAUCACUCAUUAAAAGUACCAAUCAUUUACCCCAGUGACAUGUUUUGUGCAGAGGAAGUAAUUGAAGAGAGAAGAUGGCCAAAAACAAAGAAUAAUGAAACAGCUGUUAUAGAUUGUAUUGCAUCAGGGAGACAGGGCACAAUGAAACGCAAAUGCACUGGAAAAAAAUGGGGUGAAGAAGUCUCUCUGUGUGUUAAAGCAGUCCUGAAUAGUGUAGCUUUGCAAGCAAAGGAUUUUGAAAAAGGACUUGGAGCAACACAAGAGGGCGCUCAGCUAAUCUUCCAGAGUUUGAAAAAUAACACAUCCGAAGAUGGCGAAAACAGUUUUGGUGAUGUCAAAAUUGCAGUUACUGUUUUCCAAACUAUGAAACAGGCAUCAGUAAACAUGCCACUAGGCGAGAACCUUCUUGGAGAUUUCAUCGAAUCAGCCAGCAGCAUGUUGAAUGUAACCUGGAACGUGGGAGAUGAGGAAGAGAGCGGUACACUGGCCACACAAUAUCUGUCAUCCGUAGAAGGCCUUGUAAAAAGCAUCAGAAUAAACGCCAGUGAGGGCUACAACUCCUCAAACAUUCAGCUUCAGAUCUGCCGAAACGGCGCCACUUGCAACAAAACCGUUUUCAACGUGGAAGUUGAGCUGAACGCAACAGCAGAUAUGGUGAAAACAGUUGGAUUACAAGGCUUGGCCGAACGCCUGCCAAAAUUGGGUUAUGAGGAUUCAUUGUUUCCUAGCAUAGUCGUAUCCAGCACAGUCGAAAACAACACUCAGCCUUCGGUGAACAUCAAAAUGGCUUUUCAAAAUGAUGCGGGCAGCAGUGCAGAGAUGCAAUGCGUGUUUUGGAACGUCUCGGAGAAGAGAUGGUCAAACGAGGGUUGCGAAUACGUUCAAGGUCCCGGGAACAUCGCCUACUGUGAAUGCAACCAUCUCACCUCCUUCUCCAUGCUCAUGUCCAAGCAUUCAGUAAGCAUGCCUUUUCUAGAUCAGCUCACGUACGUCGGACUGGGAGUCUCCAUAUGCUCUCUCAUCAUCUACAUCAUCAUCGAAUGUUUGGUCUGGAGCGCCGUAGUUAAAUCCAGCCUUUCCCACUUCCGGCACACUGCUCUCCUCAACAUCUCUCUGUGUCUGCUUUUGGCUGACUGCAGCUUCUUAGCUUCCUCUUUCCCAUCAAUCCUAAAUGAACCCUUGUGCCUUAUUUUAGUGGUGGGGAAGCAUUACUUCUUCCUGGCGAUGUUCUUUUGGAUGCUGUGUCUGAGCGUCAUGUUGGUCCACCAGCUCAUUUUCGUCUUCAGCCACAUUGGGAAAAAAAUGUACAUGAUCCUCGGAUUCACCAUUGGCUAUGUUUGUCCAACAGUGACUGUGGCGGUUACAUAUGUGUACUACAACCAAGUACCUGACAUCCCGUAUUACAACCAGAAAACGUGCUGGCUUACCUAUAAGUCAGCCAUGCAAGGAUCCAUCCACGCAUUUCUCUUUCCAGUUGGGACCAUCGUGCUGGUGAACAUGGCUUCCAUGAUAGUGGUCAUUGCAACAGUUUUAAAGCCGUCUGGAGCUGAGACCAACAAAAAGGGGGACAAAGAUGCAGCAAAAAGCAUAAUCAAAGUGAUUAUCUUCCUCACACCUAUUUUUGGUGGGACUUGGGUUCUGGGGCUUUUCGUGUUUCUGAUGGACGACUUUACACAGCUUAUUACAUACUUCGUGCAUUACGCGUUCACCAUAGUCAACUCCCUACAGGGCUUCUUCAUCUUGUUGACAGGAUGUUUUGCAGAAAAAAGGGUCCGAGAUGAAAUAUUGAAAAUAAUUCUGGGGAAAUCAGGAAAAGAUCAAGGAACAACAACAUCCGUUGCAAAAUAAAACAUCCAUACAAGUAAAUGCACACAAGAAGGAGCAUGUAAAACAUUAUGGGACAUUGAUCCAUCUCUGAACCCACAGCAGAAACCAAAGAGGAGAUGGAGCGCAACUGUUUGGUGAAGACCUAAAAGUACUUUUUGUAAAGACGUAACAUCUUUGAAACAAAGUAUAGGCUGUGGUCGUCCCUUUUUACUUACUGCAUAAACUUAGGAACAAACCAAGAGAAACAAAAAAUAUAAUAGAUUUUUGUGUUUUUAAAAGAACAAUAUAAGUGCUGCUGUAUAUAUGUAGCGAUUACCUAUUGUUUUCUACCCUGAUUGGUGUUGUCUUUAAUUUAAUGAAAAUGUCUAUCUCUCUAAAUGCACUGUAAAAUGUGGUCACUUACCAUGGUUGUAAUCUUAUUAGUUUUAGCUCUGCUUCUAAUUUGCAAAACAUAUGGAACUAUGACAUCAAUUUCUAUGUGCUAUUUAGUAAUUCUGACAAAAUAUCUGAUGAAGGAAAGAUAAUUUUACACAUCUAAGCACUCUUCUUGAGCUUGACAAAAAAAAAUUUGUUUGUUUUUUUCUCUUGUUAGACCUAUUUCCUUGUUUCUUGUAAGGGGAUAUGGAAAAAAGAGAGAUGAGAUUGUUAAUAACACAAAUUUUAUUAUGAAUAAAAAAUCUUGAGCAUACUAUUGUAAGAUGAUUCAUGAAUAAAAUACUUUGCUUA